AUCUCUAGUACCUGUCAUGUUCGAACCUGGAAAAAUAAUUAGGAAAUAAAUGGAAUUAAACAAACUUAAUAUGUCCAUCGUGAAUUUAAGUUUCUUAGGUAUAAAAUACUAACGGUAGUAACUUGUUGCUUUGUUAAAUUUAUGCUUAUAAGGUUACCAAUUGGUUGUAACAAAAACUUUAAAAUAGAAAUGGAAGAAGAACAAUGUUUACAUGAAUGUGAAGACUAUAUUCAAACUCAUAACAUUCAAUUGUUGCUGAAAGAUUGCAUCGUUCAGUUAUGUGUAAACAAGCCUGAAAAUCCUGUAUCGUUUUUACGUCAACAUUUCCAGAAAUUAGAACGAGAACAGGUCAAAGCUGCAGCAGCUGCAGCUGCUGCUUCUGAGGGUGAAGCAGAUGGUGAACUCUCACCCCUACCUGUACCAGGGGGACAACUACCAAGGAGACGCGGGGGUAUAAGUGCAGAGCCCGUAACCGAAGAAGAUGCUACUAGUUAUGUUAAAAAGGUGGUGCCAAAAGAUUACAAAACAAUGGGUGCCUUAUCACGCGCUAUUGCAUCAAAUGUAUUGUUUACACAUUUGGAUGAAUCUGAGAGGGCUGAUAUGUUUGAUGCUAUGUUUCCUGUCCAAUGUCUUCCUGGUGAAACUGUUAUUCGACAAGGGGAUGAAGGCGACAACUUUUAUAUUAUUGACUCAGGAGAGGUUGAGGUUCUCGUGAACGGCGAACCGGUGACUACGAUUGGUGAAGGGGGUAGUUUUGGAGAAUUAGCUUUAAUUUAUGGUACACCGCGAGCCGCCACGGUUCGCGCUCGCACCUCCCUUAAGUUGUGGGGACUGGAUCGUGACUCUUAUCGUCGAAUUCUCAUGGGCUCUACUAUUAGGAAACGAAGAAUGUACGACGAGUUCCUUUCAAGAGUCUCUAUAUUAGAGAGCUUAGAAAAGUGGGAACGACUCACGGUGGCUGAUGCAUUAGAGCCUGUAUCCUUUAACGACAGCGAAACCAUUGUUCGUCAAGGUGAACCCGGAAACGAUUUCUACAUCAUAGUUGAAGGCACGGCGGUGGUACUGCAACAAAGAGGCGCGGGAGGCGAGGCAGUGGAAGUGGGGCGGCUAGGCCCUUCAGACUACUUCGGCGAGAUCGCGUUGCUGCUGGACCGGCCGCGAGCCGCCACCGUGCGCGCUCACGGCCCGCUCAAAUGCGUCAAGCUCGACCGUGCCAGAUUUGAAAGAGUUCUUGGUCUCUGUGCCGACAUUCUCAAGAGAAACAUCGCCCAAUACAACAGCUUUGUAUCGCUUUCGGUAUAAAAGUUGCGAUGAAACUUCUGUAAUAUGUCCAAAUAUGUAACUUAAUUUAUUUGAGCAGAAGCCUAAGUUUGUUCUGUUUUGUUCUUUCUAUUUACUAAAUUAAAACUGAAAUAUAAUACUGUUAUUAAAAUGAAAAUACGGUUUGAUUUAACAAUGUACAAGAUGUAUUUGUUUUAUUAAUUAGUCUAUUUAAUUAACAUAACUUUAAAUAAGAAUUUGUAAAA